UCGACAUCCAAGCUGACGACGACCGAACUCUCGGAGGAUGAACUCCUCGGCAUUGGUGAGGGACCUGCCGAGGCACCACCCGAGGGCGAGGACUUGACGGCAUGGAUAGAGACGGGGUUGGCCGACAUGUUGAAGGAGGGAGGGGAGAUGCAGGAUGAAGCCCCUACCACCGUCAACAUGGACACCGACUAAGGUGCUCCAAGCAAACCUCCAGCACAGCGUGGCCGCUACGGCCCAACUGAGACGCUGUCUGGAAGGUUUGCCAACAGCCGUUGCCCUCCUGCAAGAACCUUGGACGGGCAGCGGACACAUACGAGGGCUCUCCAACACCAAAGGUAAGCUCUAUUACUCCACGAUGCAUGCCAUCCCUAGGGCAUGCAUUCUAACUACAAACAAUAUUUGUGCACAACAGCUCACUGAAUUUUGUUCCAGAGAUCUGUGCGCGAUUAAACUACAAGUUCCAAUGCCAACAGGCUGUCGCGACCUAGUCCUCGUCUCGGCUUACAUGCCCGGGGAGGACGAGCCACCGCCACUCGAACUACAACGACUGGUCAGCCACUGCGAGAGAACAGGCCUCGCAAUCAUCAUCGGGGCCGACUCUAACGCGCAUCACCCUUUGUGGGGUAUGGAGACCAGUAACAACAGAGGUGCUACGGACAGUCCCCUGUGCCGAGGGUGCAUGGAGACAGAGGAAACAGCUGCUCACGUGGUGCUGGAGUGCAUCGGGGUGGCUCCAUACAGGGCAAAAUAUCUCGGAUCUCCGAGAGACCUCCCCGAGGUCCUACUCAACAUCAAGGGUCUGGUAGGAUUUCUCGAGGAGUUGGGAUGGCAGGACUAGCCAACCCCUCCCUCUUAUCACGCAAAAUAGGCGCUAGACGUCGAGUUGCGGAAAAUCGCCCGUUCUACAAUACAAUA